UCGCAAAGGUGGCCACCGCAGGGAACCUGUUACAGGUGUGGUAGGGCUGGCCACUGGGUCAGAGAGUGCCCAACAGGACGGGUCCCUCCCAGGGGACCCCCAGCAGAACAAGUGACCGCACCCACCCCACAGGCUGUUCCUGGAGGGGGACAGUACCCCACCCUCACUGGAUCAGAGGACUGGGAGAGGGGGACUCCUCCACGGGGGGCCCGGGGACACGGGGGAGGCAGACCCCAUGCUGUCCCUAAUGGUCAUGGACAAAGAACUGCCGUUCUUGGGGGACAUAGGGGCCACAUAUUCGACAUUGAAUGUGAUGCCUAACCAACGACAUCUUCCACCACUACAGUGACCGUUGUGGGCUUCUCCAGGAAGGAACAGAGACUGCCAGUGACUAAGCCUGUGAGAGUGCGGUGGGGGGACAGACCUUUCUACACCCGUUUGUGGUCUCCGCUGCAGCGCCUGUGAACCUUCUGGGCGGGACAUGCUGGUGAAGCUGGGAGCUUCAAUUUUGUGCAAUGCUGAUGGUUUGGUUGUCACCCUCCCAGAAGGGAUCCGCCUGCCAUGUGGCGGAGCGACGGGUGGCAUGGGGCAGUGGCUGAUGCAACCUGUGUCACAGCACCCAGUGGCUGACAUCUACUGGGGUCUCCUGCAGCCUAGCCCGGCAGGUAUUCUGGCGGUGUACUCCACGUGGCGUCCCUGGAUAGCCUUCCUGGAACCCUAUGUUCCUCCGCCCGACCCCCCACAUGUGACAUUGUUUUAUGACCGUAAUUCCACAGAAUGGUAUGGGGACCUAUUUUCUGAGCAACUGGAAGGCCACGAGUGGCAAGUUGCAUCCCAAAACAUUUAUGUAGGUCCCGAGGGGGUGGCCUCAGCAGUCCACCUGUCUCCGGAGCAACUGCCCUGGUACAGGAUGGGAGAGGAGACGGUGCCACACGUCUCUCUCGCCCUACAUCCUAAGCAUCAGGCCAAAGAUUUAGGCCCUAUGAUGAAAAGAGCCAUUUCAGCUACGGACUGGGGUCCCACCCAGAUCCCUCAAAUCUCGUACUCCCCCUCCUGCAGUUCCUACUGUAUUCAAACUAAGGUGACAGACACAGCCCUGUUACAGCAUGAACAAUUGUCUAGGGACCAUGGUAGGGAAAAGAUGGAUCAUCCCAGUGCAGCAGCACUACUGGCUUCCCUGCCAGACUCCCUGUGGUCCACGGGCCCCACUGAUGUGGGUUUGGUGGACUGCACGCCCGUCGACUUCCUACUGCACCCUACGGCAGGACCCCUUUGGGUCAGGCAAUACCAACACAAACCAGCUGCAGAGGAAGGGAUAGCGGAGACUGUUGCCGGUCUCUUACGGGCAGGAGUGUUAGAAUGUUCCACUUCUCAGUGGAAUACUCCGAUCCUCCCAGUGGAGAAGGCAGGAACAGCACCCCACUGCAGGGACGUAUUCUCGUUCACGUACAGGGGAUGCCAGUUCAGGUACACGCGUCUCCCACAGGGAUUUGCUCUGUCUCCCGGGAUUUUCAAUCCGGUGUUGAAGCAGUCGUUGCAGGGCUGCCCUCUCCCUGAUGGGAUCAUCCUCGUCCAGUACGUCGAUGACUUGCUUAUCGUGGCUCCAACUGCGGAGGCGGCACUCGAGGCGACUCGGUCAGUGCUCCUCUGGCUGGCAGAAAGAGGGUUCAAGGUCAGUAAGGACAAGAUGCAGGUGGCCGGGACGGUGGUUUCCUUCCUGGGGAGGGUCCUAUCUGGUAAGGGGACAGGGCUCUCUCCGGCCCAUCGGUCAGCCAUCCUGAGUCACCCUAAACCCAUUACUGUGAAGGACAUGUUGUCCUUUCUGAGACUGACCGGCUACAGCGGAACUUACAUUGCAGAUUACACAGGUCUGACGCAACCCCUGAGGGCUCUGGUGCGGCCACACGGCCUGCGGAGCCUCAGCGCCACUCUGACGUGGGAUCAACCUGCAGAGGAGGCUUUCAUCACUCUCAAGCAGAGAUUAGCCCAAGCAGCUGAUCUGGCACUACCUGAUUAUUCUCUUCCGUUCCAUCUAGAUGUUCUGAAACUGAAGACGUUGUGAACGCCAUUCUGUUUCAGAAAAAGGGGGGUGAGAGAAAGGUACUAAUGUAUAUUAGCACUAAAUAAACUUGACACCACAGAACAAUGACAUCCAUCAUGCACCAGACAUGUGGCAGGAGUGGC